AUGCAUCUAGCGAAGAUGAAGCUCUACCUGAUCCGUCACGCUGAGAGUGAGCACAACGUCGCCCAGGUCUAUGCAGGCGUCACAGACUCUGCGUUGACAAACCACGGGAUGCUCCAGAUCGAGAAGUUGGUUGACUACUUUCGUCAACAAGACGUCCGGUUCACUCGAGUCUUCUGCUCCCCCUUGCAGCGAGCGCGGGUGACAGCUGAUGCCUUGAAAUACCACGGAGAUACAGAAGUUCAAUUGUUCAUUGUUCCAUGUCUUCGCGAGAAGAAAUUUGGAUCUCUCGAGGGAAAAUCGUGGGUCUCUUCCCAUGCAGCCGAGAAGCAGGGCGAGGGUAAUUUCGUUCCAGCAGAGUCGCAUGAAGAACUAUCCUCGAGAGCGAGGGGGUUCCUUGAUGACCACUUGUUCCCUUUGUUACAUGAUGGCGAAGAUGAGGAGACUGUCGCCGUUGUAUCUCAUGGAAUCAUUCUGUCCGUUUUAUGGCGGACUCUGAAGCAAAUGUGUGACCCUCUUAAUUUGACCUUCGGUCCCUUCGCCUCACUUGACAGCCAUUCCAUCAUUUGGUCAAAUACAGGAUAUCUCGAGCUGGAGCUGAAUGGGAUGCCAUCUAACUUGAGCAUCAAGGGGGUGUUGGCAGCUCUAAGCAUGACCCGAAGCAAAGAAAGAUGGAAUCUUUCUUCCGGCCUCCGCCAUAACAUUAUCUAA